AUGCUUGGACUGCCGCCGGCUUCCUCUGGGCUCGUAUACCAAUUUAACUCCAUAAGCAGCUUCAAAGGAAAUGCCUUUUUCUCCUCCCCCAGCACCUCCACCUCCCUUCCACCACCGUCCACCUCCUCGGCGUACGCCGAGCCCGAACGUAGGCAGCUGGUGUCCGACGCCUUCUCGAAAAUGUCCUCCUCGGGUGUGCUCUCUUGCUCUACGAGCCGACUCCUUGUGAGCUUAUCGUCGGUGCCGCCGCUAGUGUCCUCGCAGGAGUCAGAGCCGAAGGUGGAGCAGGAGGCAGACUCGAUGAAGGAGACGCGGUUGAAGGACAAUAGAACGAAGCAGGAGGGGCAGACGUCGCCGACGAUGACACCCUGCGAGUGGGCGAGGGUCACCACCUCGACAAUCUGCCGGAAGACGUCGAGGCUCCCGAUGAGGUCCACCGGCCGCCCCAGCCAGUCCGCCCACUCCCUCAGGCUCACCUCCCCACGCUCCUAUUCCUCCUCCGCCACCAUAGAUGCCACCGCCGCGCCGGCCAGCCAAAAGCUCCCAUCCUCGGUGCAGGACAGAAAGCGGCCCAUCUCCUCCUCCUCUCCCUCUUCCAUCGACUUGCCUUCCCAGCCGGCCGCUGCUGCCACCGCCGUCGGGCCCAAGCUAUCGCUUGAGGCAACGUAG